CAUCUAGCUUUCCAGGCUCCAACUCCAUUCUCUGGGUGAGAGGAGACUGAGAAUCAAGACUUGCUGCUGCUGCUGGGCUAUUUUCUUCCUCAAUUUAAUUCAAAGCAGAAAUCAUCAGAAAUUUAUUUAUAACUGCAACAGGUAGCUAUCACCCCCCAACAAACAUGUCAUCGCACCACCUCUCCGAGCUAGACUCCACCACCGAUUCCGUCGCGUCCUCUCCACGCUCCGAACACCAUGCUCCCCACGAUGCCCAUACACGCGUACGGUUCAUGUGCAGUUUCGGUGGGAAGAUCCUCCCUCGUCCGCAUGAUAAUCAGCUCCGUUACGUUAGCGGUGAUACACGCAUCGUUGCCGUCCAUCGCUCCACCUCUUUCUCAGCUUUCCUCACCAAGCUCUCCAAACUCUCAGGAAUUGGCAACGUGAGUGUUAAGUAUCAGCUUCCAAAUGAGGAUCUUGACGCGUUGAUUUCAGUGACUACCGAUGAAGAUCUUGAAAACAUGAUGGAAGAAUACGAUCGGUUAGCACAGAAUCAUAACCCUCGGCUAGCUCGGCUGCGACUUUUUCUGUUCUCCAAAGGGGAUGACUCACGAGCCAGUAGCAUCAGCUCACUUUUGGACGGUUCGGUUAAUCGUGAACACUGGUUCUUAGACGCGCUUAAUAGUGGGGCCAACGUUUCUGGGCUCGAACGUGGCCGUUCCGAGGCUUCCUCGAUUGUGUCGGAAGUACCUGAUUAUCUGUUUGGGCUGGAUAACUCCGAUGAGGCCCAACCACGUGACCCCAAAUUAAGAACCCGACAGCUUUUGCAUGAAAAUGUCUCGGUUUCGGACCCGGGUUCUCCUGCCAUGGUUGUUUCUUCUUCUCCCUUUUGUUCCACCUCAUCAGCAGCUCCUAUUGUACCUUCAAUGCCUGAUCUCCCACCUGUUAAGACUAAACCGGAUAACCCCGAACCGGUUUUGGAGUCAAAAUUGAAUCAAACGGAGACUUUUGUGGAGCAACCUGUUUCGCAGCCAACGGCAUAUUCGGGUACUCCUAUGUGGCAUUAUGUUCAAGAGUCUCAUUAUUCUACUCCAGCCGUACAGCAAAUACCCGUUUAUUAUGUUCCUGGUCCUGUUCAACCCGGAAACCCUCAGGUUCAACCCGUUCAAAUCCGGGCACAAUAUGUCCAGCACCAGCAGUAUCCAAUUUCAACUGGUCAAGUACCCGUUGGGUAUCAUCAGCCUGUUCCUGGUGUUGGUCAAGUAUAUAGGCCAGUUGCGCCCGUGGAUCCUUAUGACCCGGCAUUAAGAGUGGGUCCUGAUGGUGUGAAGCAACCAGUGUAUUAUGGAGUUAGAAAUACGGGUCCGGUGCCAGUUUACCCAGGAAUGGUGGUGCCGGGUGGGGAGGAAUUGGGUAGAAGUGGGUCGGAUAUGACACCGGGUCGGAUCUCUCAAUCAGGCCAGUAAGUGUUGGUUUAUAUAUGGAAAUAAUGGCAUGGUAAUUUUGUUAUGGUUGAUUUGAUGAAUAUCGUGAAUUGGAUGUUAAAAGAGUGAUAAGUGGAUUUGUCAUCCGUUGCUUUUGGCUGUUGGAAGGUCUUUUGGUGUGAUUAAAACUGUGAAUGGGGGUUUGUUUUUUGAAACAAAAGUGUAUACAAAUCACAAGGCUUGCUCUAAAUAUACUUAUAGUAGUGUUUGGUUUGCAAGUAUAAUGAUGUUUUAGUUUUUAUGUCUUGUUGGUUGUUUUAUUAAAUUUCAGUAGGAUUAUA